CUCUCUUCGGAGUUACGUCGGGUGUUAGCGCGUUAGGACGGUGGGAUUCACGAUACCUUUGGUCGCGAUCUUCUCCAAGAGAUUCCUUGGAUUUCCUGGACUGUAAUUAUAGUGCCGCCGCGCGCGUGUGAUUAUUACAAGUGGCUCACGAAUCGCGCAGAUCAAGAGCUUAAAUUUGUAUGAAGUUGGUGCUAAUUACCGUGUUUGGAAGAAACUGGGGCAAGUGUGAGUUUCGCUUCGAUCUGGAAGCAGCAUACAUGAAGACACCGGUGUUUUUCGAGUUGGCCGUGAAUCGAGUUCAAUAGUAUGGUUGAUGAUUCGCGUGCUUUUCUGGCUCGCGCGGUACACGGAAGACCAGCAAACAACAGUGAAAAGUGGAUGGGAUAAGAAAAAAUAAAACGAACGCAACUGGCAAAGGUGGGAAAUUAUCGGUUCAUUUAUCGUGAUUAUAACCGGGGCGCGCGAUGUAUUGAGACGGUCCGGUCGCCCGCCCGCCCGCCAAAAGGAGCCUUUAUCGGGGAAGACAAAGUGCACAGCGAGGAAGAGGCCACGAUAACCGUUGGCCAAGUGUGUCUUCGUUCUACUGGGUUCGCGUUUAAGUGUGUUUGAACAACCGAACGAAGCCCGGUCAAUUUAUGCGCCUCCGAUAAAAUCGCAGGUUUCACCCGACUGCCGACUGUUGGCGGUGUGCCCUAUGGUUAGCAAUUCCCAGGAAAUCUAUAGUCGAUUAACGCCGGUUUAUACACUAACUAGCGGCUCUUCCAUUCGGCCAUGCGUUCGCUGCAUUGAUUGAAGAGUCUCGAUAAUUAUGAUAAAUUAGUGGGAGGUCCGCUUCGUGGAAAACGACGGUGUCCCUGAACGGGAUCUCGAAUAAAACAGAAAUAAAGGGUGGCCUAAUAGCCGUGGAUGAUGAUUUAGUGAGCUUACGUGAUUGUUUCGUUUGUGUAGAAGAAGAAAGUGAUUAGAGAGUCAAAAAGCUGAGCAAACAGUGGCUCAACAAAAAGAGAGGACUGUGUCAACAAGUGGAAGCAAACAGAAAAGGAUUAAGAAGCGUUAAAGUCGACGGUGAAGUGUGAUUUUCUUGCCUUUAGCUGUACCCAUGUGAAAAAGGAUCUCUUGAAACAAAAGUGUGUCGCCUGGUAUAUGUGCUCGGUACGUGUUUCCUAGCGGGAUCGAGUGAACAUAAAGAGGGAAGAAAAAAAACAACCGGGAGUUUUAAUAGACGGCCCUGGCAGUGCGACAACGACGGUGAGGCAAACAUUUUAAUUUAUUGUCAUCAGAAGGAUAAUACGACCGACGAAGCACCGACUAAAGGACGAAGUCAACCUGUCUGUCGUUGGAAGAAUAAAAGCAAGCAUUCCGUUUCGCGUGGAGAUAAAACCAAAGUAGGACACAUGUUUUUGACUUCGGGAUAAGGAGCAAUUUGACUUAACCACGGUAUCACCUGGUUCUCAAAUCCAAAUGGAGAAAAAAAGCACUUCUCCGCUGUUAGCUGCUAGCUGCUACCUGGAGGCGCUCUAGCGCUGCUCGCGAUGAUACGAUGCUGGUUGUGAUUGUGUAACAAGGGUGGAACGACAACAACAGCAACAGCAGCAACGGCUUCGCUUUCGACCGUCCUUCGCAGUCGGUUCAGUCUUCGGCGCGAAUGCGAUGCAAUCGGUCGGGUCCGGGAGUGAGUGUGAAUGCAGCAGAGGAAGAAAGUCUGCUCGUGGUACAACGGCGACGACGACGACGACGACAACGACGACAUCGACGGCGUCGAUGGUGGCAGCAAACACGACAUCAACAACGACGGAACGGGCCAUCACGGUACGUUUCGAAGUGUAAUAUGUUACGGCGUGUCCUGGCGUAGCCCGGGUUGGUCGAAGUACGACUAUUUUUUUAUGGCCGGAAGUGCCGUUGUGUGUCGGUGGAAAAUUUAUAAGAGUGCUGUUUCAAUUUGUGAGCGAAUGAAGCGAAUGGAUGUGAAGUGAAAAUCUUUUUUUUUUGUCCAAAAGGGGGGAAAACGUGUCGCAGCCUCCGUGUAUCGUUCUCGAUUAACGUACGUGGACGGAUGCAUGCAGUGACUGGUGAAAAACGACCGAAGAAAAGUGGUAUGUUUUUGUGUAGAGCCGGUCGGAUGAAUAGUUUUGUGUGCUGGAGCCAGUCUCCCUUCAGAGGGCAAUUUCCUAAGCUAACCGAUCGCAUUUAGUGUGGCCCAGCAUAAUGUGGUAAGGUGUGGGAACCGUGGUUUCCUCUCAAUUUCAUCAACGUUCUUAGCUAGUACCUUGUCCUAGCUAGUAAUAGCAGAAGUGGAAAAGUCAGUGCUCGUGGAGUGGAGGAGAAACGAAGAAUAGCGAGUGUAAUUAAAAAUUUAUUGAAAAAAUCUUAAUUAGAAAACACCAGAGGUGGAAGUGUGUAACGAGAAGAAUUAUUUGUCUUGGUGGUUCGAGAAAGCGGCAAAACUACAAGGACGACUUCCGGUGGAUGCUGAUACGAGAUUGUUGCAGCGGAGUAACGUCGACUAUAUCAGCAGUGGCAGCAACAGCAAUCGGAACAAUACGAUUGUUUCUUUUCCACUAACGUCACCAUUCUGAAUGGAAUUGCGGUGAUUGCCACCCGUCAAGACCUACUGCUGACGUAUCGUACGACAUCGCGGUGAUUCCGUCUACCACAGAAGCAUCGCACCGCACCGGUUCUGCGAUUACGUUAGCAGUGUAGUGCUGGAACCAUUCAUUAUUGUUCCGCACACUGAUGUAUUGUUACAGUAAAGAACCGAGAUUGUGUCCCGUACAUACACGUGCACAUAACUCUUUUCCUGGAACGGUGUAUCCUGAUUUUUUCCAUCGUUCCGUUCAACAGUUCCUGUGCAAUCCACACACCCUCACCGAAAGCUAGGUGGGAAAGCGAGUUCCAAUGACUGUAUGAGGCAGCUAAGCAACUCUGCCGGCGAGCAACGAGACGACAGACCUAAAGCCUUUAUUCUGAUCCAGAAGCGUGGAAACGAAGGCAGAUAACAUGAGCAUAAAUAAAGUAACGCUGUUUCAAUUAUUUAUUAUCGUGCUCUCAGUUGCAGUCGUAAUUGGCUCCAAAGUGAAUAAAGAGCGCCAGUUGAGACAGCAGCAGCAAAAGUUCCUGAGCGGUGGUGGUUCCGCGUCGGCCACCAACGGCGAAGACAAAGGUCACCAAAGCAGUGCUGCUGAAGACCCUAUCGAUUUCGGUUACAUAUCCGAUUCGCAGGGACUUCCGACCAAAUUCGGCGAUGAGGACGAUGUGGUGUUUGCAAAGAAGCACAACGAAAGUGGAGCAAAUCACCCACUUCUCCCGGGAGUCAGCAGCAGUGGCACUGACAGCGGGCAAAACUCUCCGGUUUCGAAUGUUAAGCCGCUACUAGGUCACGGCAGUGAUUACGAUUAUGAUUAUGAGGAGGAACUGGAUCAUCCAGAUGAUAACGAUAGUCGUGACAAGGAUAUCGGUGGCGGUAGUAAUCGAAACCAUGAUUUAGGAGAUUACACCGAUGGUUUUGACGUGGAUGCGAUAGAUCAAAUUGAAAGUUUCGGAGAAGGAAGCGAUACGACCAGUUCGCUUCCGGUAUUUUUAGUUGAACCACAGAGCACUUAUGUGAUAAAGAAUCGACCUGCGGUGUUGCAGUGCAAAGCAUCGCAUGCCUUUCAGAUCUCGUUCAAAUGCAGCGGCGGCAACAAGCCUCCACUGACGACGCUGGAGACGCACGUGGACCCCCACACUGGAGUUCAGCUGCAGGAAGCCACCACCACCAUCACCCGCGAACUGGUCGACGAGUUCUUCGGCCGGGGUCCGUUCAAGUGCGACUGCCAUGCCAGAUCGUCGCGAGGUGUCGUUCGGACCCAACCGGCCACCAUCCAAGUCGCAUAUAUCAAGAGGCAAAUCAGCAUCACGCCAAAGUCGGUCCGUGUCGAGUUGGGUGGUCGAGCGGAGAUCAUUUGCAGUGUGAACGCCACCCCGGUUGCCAAGAUCAGCUGGCACAAAAAUGGCAUCCCCCUGGUCGCCAAUCCGCCGGUUGUGAUCACCGUCGAGGAUAAAGUACUGAUCGCCCACGUAACGAUGCAGGACAUGGCAAAUUAUACAUGUGUAGCGGAGAACAUUGCCGGCAAGCGUGUUUCGGAUCCCGUCAGUCUCACUGUCUACGUCGACGGAGGCUGGAGCUCGUGGGGCCCCUGGACCGACUGCAAAUGCCCGGGUCAUCCGAAGCAAGGUCAGAAGCGAUCCCGGGUGUGCAACAAUCCGCUACCGCUGAACAGUGGCGCACCCUGCGUUGGCCACAACACCGAAACCACUCCGGACUGUCUUCCCUGUACAGCCGGCCGUUGGUCGUCCUGGUCCGAGUGGAGCGAGUGUGCCCCGGACUGUACCCAGACGCGUCAUCGGUCCUGCAUCGGAGGGCCCAUCGUUGCCUCGUCCUCGGCGGCGGCCGCCCUGGUGGCCAAUUCAUCCACCGGCAGCAACGACAAACAAUCGUACGAUUCGAGUACCAUCAAUUGCGUCGGCAAGAGUCUACAGUCGGCCAAAUGUAGCGGAGGGGCCUGCAACUACAGCGUUCAAGGUUCCAACUGGACCAUUUACCUAGGCUUGGCUCUAACAGCAGCAAUCUGCAUAGCGAUCGGGGCCGGAUUGACGCGAAUCGCCCGUCGAAAGAAGACCAUUCCUGCGUACAACCUUGCUAGAUCAGAAAUGCCAUCCGAGUACUUCCCGACCGAAAGCAAGAAGCUAACCCAUUUUCAGCCCGAUUUGACGCAGAAUACGGUGGCCAUAAAUUACGAGUAUCCCCUGACACCGCACCACCACAGCCAGCCGACGUCGCAGCAUCAUCUGCUCCAGCAUCAGCAGCAACAAUCACAGCAUCACGGAAUGCUCGCGGGACAGCAGUCAUCACAUCCAGCGGGCGGAGGCGCAAUCGGCCCAGGACAUCAGCAGAGCAAUUCACUGAAAAACUCUGUGCCAUUCCCCCGGUCCAACUCCGAGCAUCACUACGAUGUACCGCACUUGUGCAAUAACUACAUGUACCCGCUAGACAAAAUCAGCAUCAAUGAAUCAUACUCGUCGUCCAGUUAUUCGAAACGUGUCUGCAGCGUAGAAUCCCUGGCCACAUCAACCAACACAUCUGGAGAAUCCAACUACGACCAUGCGGUAGUUGCCAAUUCAGCACUUUCGGCAUCAACCCUUGAUCAGCCAGCAGCCGGAUUUCGUACUACCGAUUGCACCCAAAUGACAUUAACACUGGCCGGGGCACUGAUGCGGCUCAACACCUACUCCGUUGCCCUGCUGGUCCCCGAAGGAGCCGCUUCGAAGCAUCAGAAGCAAAACAUAGUCCUGUCGAUCGUGAAAGAUGAUAAGUUUUCGAUCCAAAGUCAGGGUUCCAAAAUAACCUGCCUCAGUCCGGUUGUGUGCUGUGGACCCCCGGACACCAAAAUACACAAAUCGAUCGUAUUGAAGGUGCCUCACUGUGCGGAGAAUUUGUCCAACUGGCAGUUCUCAUUGUACCACUCGCCGGACAGCGCGACCCGGUGGAGUGAAGUAGUUACCCUCGGUAAGGAGAACAUCAACACUCCGGCCUUCGUGCAGAUCGAUAAACGGUACGCAUACAUCUUGGCAGAGGCAUUCGGCAAGUAUGUGUUGGUAGGAGAAUCUGCCAACGAUAUACAAGAAAGAGUGGCAUGCAAGAAACUGCGAAUGUUCAUCUGCGGACCUUCGACCGUACCGGAGUUCUCGGACGUUAGUAUACGAAUCUACAUCGUGGAGGAUAAUCCGGGAGCGGAGGAACGAUGUCGAUACUGUGAACAGGAAAUUGGGGGAGUCGUACUUGGAAAAAGUUCGGUACUCUAUUUCUCGGACAAUAGUCAAGAUCUGUGUAUAGAUAUUAGAUGUGUGGGAGGUUGGAAGUCAAAGCCGUUCGGUGAUCGACAAGUGAUCCCGUUUUCCCACGUGUGGAACAACAGUAAUUCUACGCUGCACUGUAGCUUUACUCUCAGUCGGACGGAACACGACAAGUGUGAUUUUAAGAUUGAUGUUCAAGCGAUUCAGGAAAACAGUGGAUUCAGCAUUGCACCGUCCUGUUUGAGUAUAUCGUCGUUUACGCCUCUCUCGAAAGAUGGCAGCAACUGUCAACAUUCGUCAAGUUCCUUCGAAACGAUGACCAUCUGCAGUGUAGGUUCGAAUUCUGCGACCGGCGAGCACAACGUAAUCAACACUGACAAAUUCCGCCUAACGAAACUGGUGAAGAAGAAGCUGUGCAAAUGCUUAGAUCCACCCACACAAAAGGGCAACGACUGGCGCAUGCUGGCGGCUCAUCUGAAUGUGGAUCGCUAUCUGGCCUAUUUUGCAACGAAACCCUCGCCCACCGACCAGAUCCUGGACCUGUGGGAGUGCCGAAACCGCGAUUUGAAUGCCGUUUGCAAUCUGAUCGAAAUCUGCCGGAAUAUGGGCCGUCACGACGCUGUUAGCAUACUACAAGAGAUUCAAACGCCUUCCUGGCUGUAGGUCAUUAACGUAAUAAGCAGCAGUAAAUUCCUACCGUAACCGUAAAGGCGCUUUUCAGUUAGCGGAUAAAUUUUUGUUUCGUUUCGUCCUUCAGAAGUUUGUUUUCCCGAAGUUAGAAGUUGCUUGAAUUUAAAACAUAACAUUGAUUUGUUGAAACAUUUCUAAUCAACCCAUCAGCCACCGAUGCCAAUAAAAUUGCACCGUGGGCGGUUGGCACGUGAUUGCUUUCUUUCAUGACGCUAUGCUUUGCCGCACACUGAAAGACCGGUAGCCGCCCCAUUAUCAAUGCAUAGGAUCGGAUCGGCAAAAGGCAACUCGCCGCAAGAUGCACUUCUAGACACGUAUAUAGGUCAAGUCAAUCUUUAUAAAUAUUUAUAAAUCGUUAUCUCUAUCGGACUCGGUUUGAAUUCCCUUCUCUCAUCAUCAACUGAGUGCUUAUUCUUGCAAUGGCAAUGUGUACUCUGUAACACUCGAUCCCUGGUUGCCGGUCGUUUGUUCGGUUUUCGCUUUAAGUCGAUAAUAUAGCCGCCAACGAUUCCAGCUAUAUAAUAUUAUUCCAUUGCCAACGAGAGCAACUUGGUUAGUCGAACGCCAGCGGAAUCAACUGUUAUUAUUUAAAUUAGUAUUAUUCCCAGUCGAUGGUUUUCUGUAGCCCUAAGGGCAAUGAAACCGCGUUGGGCAAUAUAGUUUAUCAGUUUACAAUUGGCGUAGUCAAAAUUCAUGCAAUCUAUCUACCUGAUGUUUCAGUUCGCCGGUUUUACUUUACCUAACUGCGUAAAUGCCAGGUCGAAAGCACUAAGGCGAUGUAAUAAAUAGUUAACGUGACUCCCUGAUUCGCGGACGCGAUUCGAACCAAUUACAGUAGUACAGCUCGAAUCAGUGGAGACAUCAUAGCAGAGAUCGGUAUAAACCUUUGCAGAAUUAAUCGACUGAAUGUCGAUUAUAUUCCCAGUUCCAGAAGUCUAACAAUUCAAACCCUGUUUAGACCGACACGACUUCCAGUUGGUUUGAAUCAUUUAGGUUUUCCGAUGAAACUUUCAAAUAUAUACGUUUAGCAUUUUAACAUUUCUUAGUAGUUCAUCGAACAUUACCUUAUUAAAUAUUUUCCAUUCAUUUCUAGCUAAGCCCCUAAACUGUUUCUAGUUUUGUCACGUAAUUUCAAAACAAAGUUCUCUAAAAUCUCAAACAAGAAAAUAAAUGUAAAAUUUAUUGUAUGCAAAUAACGUCGAAUAAAACCGGUUCAGAAAAAAACGAAAAUGAAGAGUUAACCAAGACUGAAAUUGUAAAUAAACAUGAAAUAGGCACAUUUGUGAGCAACAAGCAUUAACCAAUCAAUUUCUACUAAUCGAAGCAGACGAAACGAAGCAACUGUAACUUGCAGAUAAAACUAACUACACCAAAUGUAAUUGGUAUAGAAAUUACCAAUCGGAAAAGCAACUAUUCUAUAGAUCUUGACUGUAGUUGAAAACGGACUGACCGUGGAUGCUAUUCUGUAUUCUUUGUACUCGUUUUAGACCUAAUUCUAUUUGUUGUUUAUGUAAAUAAAUUAUCCACGUAAGUUAAGUACUUUCCGAUUACAAGAAAAUCAAGGUGAUAAUUUAAUAUGUUUGAACAUUUCUUUUACUGCUUUAAAAAUCUGAAAGGAUUUACGGAUGAAUUUAAAAAUUAUUUAAAAAAUAAUUAACGAACUUACUGAAAUGCCUUCUACUUGAACGUACGCUAUAAGUUGAAUUAUUUGUCAGAAAAAAAUAAGGAUCCUACUAAAGCCCUGUCUAACAAUUUCAAAUUGAAAUUUAUCGUACUAUUUCGGUUGUAGUUUUUAAGAAGCCCGUUUUUACUGUUUGUGUGUGUAGAACUACUUUGUCUAAUCACUUCCCCAUGGUGUUAAAAUUACUGCUAAACUACUUCUCUUCAAAUACUAAACACUAAACAUCACUGUAUGGCAAAGCUAAUCGUUGAAACCUACAAAUGAAAAAUGACCACAUUUUGACCCUUUCCGCAACUGUCCACCAUAAUGGGAAAAGUGCCAACCAACAAAAAAAAAGAUGCGAUGAAAUCGCACAAAACUUCACCAAAUUUUAUGAUCAACAACCGAACUGCCAUCAAUUAUCCGCCAGAUCCGGAUUCUGUUUGCGAAUCGCACGGAUUGCUGAACAGAAGAUAAAAUAUUUGAAAUCAGCAAACAAUUAGUCAGCCGCGCACCAUUGUAGAUUAUGGUCAACAUUUAUAUACAUUUUUAAACAAACUCCCAGCGAGAGCCACGAGGCGGGCGGAAACCGCGAACAGCGUAUUUCUGUGGAAACAACCAACCAACCAACCAAGCGCAACUAGCGAUACCCCCAACGGAAAUGUUGUCAAUGCAAACUGUGAAAUUUAUGUUGGCCAAUUCUGUAAAUAAAGCGACCAUCCGUGCAAAUUUGUAUCUAUUUUAUUGAUGAUGCUGUAGAGGGAAAGUAAAAAAAACACGUAAUCAUAACCUAACUAACACCGGAUGAGAGUCAUAAAUGAAACGGAACUACUGUAGUCAGCGAUAUUGUCAAAUGGAACCAAAAUGCCACAUUACUGCCCGCCGGAAGUGUGCCAGAAUGGGAAAAAUGCAACUUGUUUCAGAAAUUCAGACUGCCACAAGCAAAGUUUAGGGUGAAUGAAUUUAUUUUACGGAGUGAAAAACCUAACAGUAACCAUUAGUUAUCCAUUAACAAUAACCACAACUGAAAUGAAACAAAAAACAAACCGAACUGUGAAAACAACAAGCUACACUAGACACUGUACUGAAAUUCAAUGGAGUUUAAAAAUUUAAAAAAAAGCAGCAAAACCAACCAACAGCGAUGUGCAUUUAUGUAACGCAGAACCUAUACAUGCAGAAUUUUAUGUGUAAGAAGUAUCACAAAUAUCCUAUUAAUAUCGCAGAUAAUAAAAAAAAACAGUUCGGUAUCGUCCGCCGAACCGAAAUACUAACGGAAUAGUAAUGCAGUGUAAUCGAAAAUGUUUAGAGUUAUUCAUAUGUAGCAGCUGAAGAAUAAGUUGUGUAUUUAGUGAAAGCGAGCAGUGUAGAUAUUUUACAUGUGUAAUAAAUUUAUGUAUAGAAUUUAAGGUUACGAAAUUGAUAUAUUAUACAUCUACGGAAUUAUAUAUUUGUUAUAAAAUAUAACCUGAAUUAUACCAGAAAAA